GAGCAGUAGUCAGAUUUCCCCGCUGAGUCAAAGUCUGACUCUUGUUAAGAGUUUUUCGUAACUCUUUCCAGUUUUUUUUAAACCAACAUUUUUACAUUACAAUCAUUGUUAGUAUACUUGUAUUUAUGGUUCGUUAGACUUUCCCUCAAGCUGUGAUCUGACUGCCGGGUUUGCGUACUAUUUAUCUGCCGAUAAGCACCUCCUCCUUCUCGAGUCCUGCAGUGGUUGAACGGUCUUGUCGAUCAGCAUGACAUAUUUUUCGGGAAUUGCUCUACAGUUAAGUUUCCAAAUGCUCCAGUUCUGGACUGAGAUGUUGUCCUGAGUUAAAGUUCACAUUUUGACGAAGGUUUUCCUUAAAAUUACUCAACUGACAACACACAAUGGCUUCCAAUAUAGUUGUGGAUCAGCAGUUUUCUCACAAAUUCAUAGUGACGGUGGUUCGAGCCGAGAGCGUCACCAAGGGAGCGCUGGGUGACCUGUUGGACACCCCAGAUCCAUAUGUGGAGCUGUUCAUCCCAACGGCCCCAGAGAGCAGAAAGAGGACCAAGCACAUAGACAACGACAUCAACCCAAAAUGGAACGAGACCUUUCACUUCAUAUUAGACCCUAACCUGCACAACGUCCUGGAGGUAACAUUAAUGGACGCCAAUUAUGUGAUGGAUGAGACACUUGGGACUGCGACCUAUGACAUCACCAAGCUCACCAUAGGCCAGACAAAGAUGGAGCCUUUCCUUAUUGGAAAAGCAACCAAAGUAUACUUAGAGAUGACGCUUGAGAUCUGUACCAAACUGGACUUGCGGUUUAGCCGGGCCCUGUGUGACAAAGAGAAGCAGUUCAGACAGACCCGCAGAGAGAGAGUGAUGCUGGGCAUUAAGAAGCUGCUCGACAUGGAGAAGCCUCUUUUCCUCCCCAGCUCUCCAGAGGAGGUGCCGGUGAUAGCCAUAGCGGGCUCAGGAGGUGGUUUUCGUGCCAUGGUCGGCUUCUCAGGUGUGAUGAAAGCGCUGUUUGAGUCUGGAGUCCUAGAUUGUGCCACAUAUGUCGCUGGCCUCUCCGGAUCUACAUGGUACAUGUCCACUCUCUACUCUGACCCAGAGUUUCCAAAUAAGGGCCCAAAGGACAUCAACCCGGAGCUGAUGAAGAGAGUUAGCAGUAACCCACUGAAGCUGUUGCUGCCCCAACACAUCACCAACUACAUCCAUGCCCUCUGGACCAAAAAGGCUGCUGGGCAGCCUGUUACCUUUACCGAUAUCUUUGGUAUGCUCAUAGGAGAGACACUUCUACCUGCGAGGAUGGACAUCAAACUGAGUAGCAUUCAGGAGAAAAUUAAUCAGGCCCAGAGUCCUCUUCCUCUCUUCACAUGUCUCCAUGUCAAGCCAGAUGUUUCUGAGCUCAUGUUUGCAGACUGGGUGGAGUUCAGCCCGUAUGAAAUUGGGAUGGCAAAGUACGGCACCUUCAUGACCCCCGACUUGUUUGGAAGCAAGUUCUUCAUGGGAACCGUUGUCAAGAAAUACGAGGAGAACCCAAUACAUUUUCUGAUGGGUGUGUGGGGCAGCGCCUUCUCCAUUCUGUUCAACAGAGUGCUGGGAGUCAAAGACACAGUUGGUGGCAGCACCAUGGAGGAGGAGUUAGAGCAGAUCAAACCACAGCACAUCGUCGGAGAAGACAGUCUGGACAAUGACCAAGAGCCACGAAAAGGGGGGACAGAGAACCAGGAUGGAGAAGACGAUCGCACUGCCAAGGCUAGCUGGAGUCAGCGAAUGUUCAAGUCACUUUUCAGUGACUCAUCCUUAUUCAACACAAGAGAGGGCCGGGCCGGGAAGGUGCAUAAUUUCAUGCUGGGCCUAAACCUGAACACCAGCGUCCCAUUCUCUCCGGACAGUGAGGUCAAAUGCCAUGCCCCCAUACCUGAGGAGGAGGUGGACGCUGUCACAGACCCAGAUGAGUUUGAUCGUAUUUAUGAGCCUCUUGAUGUGAAGAGCAAGAAGAUCCACAUAGUGGACAGCGGCCUGACCUACAACCUUCCCUACCCUCUCAUCCUGCGGCCAGAGCGCGGUGUCAACCUCAUCAUCUCCUUUGACUUUUCUGCACGACCCAGCGAUACCAGCCCCCCAUUCAAAGAGCUCCUGUUGGCAGAAAAGUGGGCUCGAAUGAACAAGCUUCCAUUCCCCAAGAUCGAUCCCAAAGUCUUCGACCGCGAGGGCCUGAAGGAAUGCUACGUCUUUAAGCCAAGAAAAGGCGAAAAGAACUGCCCAACUAUCAUCCACUUUGUCCUGGUCAACAUCAACUUCAGGACAUUCAAGGCACCUGGUGUUCCCAGAGAGACUGAGAAGGAAAAGGACUUGGCGGAUUUUGACAUUUUUGACGACCCCGAGUCACCAUUCUCCACUUUUAAUUUCCAGUACUCCAACAAGGCCUUCACCCAACUCCAUGACCUCAUGGAGUUCAACACUCUCAACAACCUGGAGGUGAUUAAAGAAGCCAUCAAGGACUGCAUUGUGUCCCGGAAGGAGAAUCCUUCGUGCCUCUCCCUUCCUUUCUCCCUCAGUGCAAUCCCGAAAAAGAAGUUUCUCAAAAGAGAUGCUAUGACAAAUCCCUGGAACCUCCUGGGAAAUGAUAACCAGUAGCCUAAUCUAAGACUUGGCAUAAAGUGGACUUUAGGGAUUGUUGUAGCUUCAGUCUUUUCUUUUUGGAAAAUGCUAUGUUGAUCUCUUUUCUUUAUACUUUUUAAUCAUAAUUUACCUUAACUUUAACGUUAAGCAUUAUGAUAGCAUUCACAUAUACAACAGAAUGAAAAUUGGCUUUAUUUGCACAAAUGUGACUGCUGGGAAACUGUUGGUGUUCAUCAACCACAGACAGCUGAUGUUCAGUUUCCUCUUCUGGCCGUGAAAAAGACUGGAUGUUAAAAAUCGACACUUACUUAACAAUAUGAGUGACUGGAUUGUUACAGCAAACAUUUGGCUCUUUCACAAACAACAGGAUAUUGUUUGUGAGUCCUUUCUUUUGUUCUUCAUGUGCAAAAGAAAUAGCCACCCAGAUCCAUGUGUUCAUUUACAUCCCUUAAAUGCAUCAUGUGAACUUUCUACUCCUGUUACAACAUUCCUAAUUCAUGUGGACACCUCCUGGCUUUAGUUCAUGCUGCCUAGGACAAAGCUGCAUUUCCAUCUUUCCUAUGACUUUUUUAUGUAGCUAUUUCUAAAUUUGGCUUCGAGCUGUGUGAAUGCACUGUAAGAGACCUCGCCUUUACCUGUAACUGUUUGUCAGCUGAAUGUUUUCCAUAUUGACUUUAGAGCAUGCAAAUAACCAUUUUUCUUUCACCGGAUUGCUCGUCUAAACAUGAAAUCCUGUUUGAAAACAUGGAAGACGAGCUUGUAACCAUUGGUUUUGUUUGAUGACAACUCCUAAACAGGCCAAGCACACCCCUCUGGAUACCUCAAACAUCUCAAUGAUGCUUACCGACUCACAGGGAAGGAGCACUCCCUGAUCCCCUGUAGGGAGUGUCUCAUAUUAAAGCCACCAUUUUGGAAAAAAACAAAACUUGAUGCCAUAGAAACAGCCCCGCUUUUUCUUUCUUUCUCUCUCUCUCUAUGUCUUUAUUUUCUUGAUCAUGUUGUUUCAGGCUGCCUUUUAGAUAAAGGGACAGUUUGUUUUUAAAACAACUCGCUGCAGGACUUCCUGAAAGCCACCAUACAAUUAGGUGGGGCUGAGGUCAGGCUGGGUGCCGGUGGUGUUAAGUGUGAUCACGAGACUUGGAAUUUUACAAAUUAAACCUACACCUGCAGCAGUGCAGGCCUGGAAUCUGACACACUACACCUAUACCUGCAGGGACCCAAAGGCUGCACACAGAGCAGUGAAAUUUCACACUGAAGCUCUUCCAAUACUUAUGUGCUCAUGUUUCAGCCCUGCUGGUUUGGAAGAAACUGAGAAAACAAAAAAGGCUUUCUGCAGUCUUGCUGCAGGGAUUAAUGACCCAAAAACCUUUGCAACUUGCCUUUAUGUUGAUUUUUUAGCAGAUUAUCUGUGUCCGUUUUUGCAUGUUUAUGUUUUCUUCAGUUUACAGCAUUGCCUUAUGAUUUUUUUUUUUUUAAGAAAUAGUUUGGGGAAUAUGUUUAUUUGCUUUUGUUUAUUCAAUACCACUCUUAUACAGUAUCUGUUCGUUACAGAGAGCCAAGUCAUGAUGUCACGUCCGUUCUACAAUCUUGUCGUUUCUCAACCUAAUGGCUGGAGUAUAUUUGAGACAUCCAUAGAUAUAGCACAAGUCCAAGUUCAGAAUGGAGAAAAGUCUUAUUUGUAGGCUUCUUAAUAAGUCUCUUUGUGUGUGUAGUUUAAGAUAGAACACACACAAAAUAGAAAAAAAUUUAAGAACAAAGGGGGAAGGCUGCAUUUAUAGCCUCUCAUUAAGGUGAAGUGAUUGCACCUGAGGGGGGGCGGUUCCAUUUCUGAGGCAGGGGCGCCAUCUUUUCUGCCUCAGGUGUGAUCAUGUAAUCGUUUGAUGAUGGAUAUUUUUACCUUUCAUAGCUAAGUUAAGCUAACAGGCUGAAAUGAGAGUGGUAUUGAUUUUCUAUCUAGGUUCACAUAAAAAGCAAAUAAGCACAUUCCAAAAAUGUUGGAAUAGUCCUUUAAGACAAAGUUUAUAAAGCAUCAAAACAAGCAUUCAUCAAUGUAUUUGACAUCUUGUAAAACUCUGUGAGCCAUCAUGUUACACCUUUUAUUUUUCUUCGUACCAUAAUGUUAUUUAGCCUAAUUUAGACAGCAUACACGAGCCGUAGCUAUUUUAUUUUCUUAUAUUAUUGUCAUUUUGCAUUUUUAUGAUCUUUGACAAUGUUUACAAAUGUUUCAGAUGCUUAACGGUCAGUUUUAGGGAAUCAAGACGUACACAUAAAUACUUCAUGUGAUCAUUAACUAUUUGUAUUAUAAAUGGCAAAGCACGACAUGCAUAAUGUUUAUGUGCAUCAUACAAAAAGGAUGAUAAUAAAAGAUAGAAUUUA